UUCAUGUCGGUAAUGUAGAGAUUAUCGAUAGGAAUGAAAUAGUUUUUCAAAUAAAAAUUAACACGUUAAAACAAACAAAGUUAUUUUAUCUGCGGGAAAUUUUAUGUCAUUAAUAAAUAUCACCGUAAAUGAGACCUAGAGGUUCUGGAGGCAGAGCGCCUCCCGUUACGCCCAUGUCUGAAAGGCAACAAAUGGCUUUGUUAAUGCAGAUGACAAACCCAGCAAAUCCAUCUGCGGGUGGUCGAAGUCCAAGUGGAUCCACAUCACGAACUCGAGAUAGAAAUGAAAGAGGUGAAACACCAUUACAUUUGGCAGCAAUAAAAGGAGAUGUUGAUCAAGUUAGCAAACUAUUAUCUCAUAAAGCUGAUCCAAAUGCUACGGACUUUGCUGGAUGGACCCCUUUACACGAAGCUUGUAAUCAUGGAUGGUUUGAAGUUGCUAAUCGUUUAGUACAAGCUGGAGCAUCGGUAAAUGCCAGAGGUUUAGAUGACGACACUCCAUUACAUGAUGCAGCCAGUGGUGGUCACCAAAAACUUGUUAAAUUAUUGGUUGAAAAUGGCGCUGAUAUUCACGCUAAAAAUAAAAAAGGAAAAUCACCUGUUGAUGUUGCUGCACCUCGUGUUCUUUCUAUUCUAUAUGGCAAUAGUCAAAUUAAUUCUGCUCGAGAAUCUGGAGCGAGCCAAAGACAGCAGGGUCGUGUAAGGGAUGAAAAAAAAUUAUCAGAAUCAAAAAAGUGCCUUUCCCCGUCUGAAACUAUGGACACACCUAGUAAAAAUACAUCCACGCCUGAAGAUAUUUAUGAAUUUAAAUCAGUGAAGGAAACAAGUAAUUCACCAGACCCCAAAGCUACGGAUCCUUUAGAAAUACCAAGUGAUGCGGUUGAUCCAUUAAGUAUACCAGCAUCACAGAAUCAAUUAGAAGAACCAGCUGUUUCAAAACGACCUUUUGCUGAAUUAUCUGAUCCACUUGAGGACAUUGGCGAUGAGGAAACUAAAAGAAAAAAGCGUAAAGAUUCUGAUGCAGGUAAAGACAGUUCAUCAAAGCCCUUGUCACAGACUAGCAGAAGCAGUACUGGACCGACGAAAACUUCUACAGGAAAACCAGGCUCAUCAAAUUCAAACAAAUCAUUAUCAGCGGCAUCGAAAAGCCCUUGUCCUAGUCCGAAACCCACAAAUAGUAGUGAUGUGGAAGUUGAAGAUGGGAAAGUCGACUUAAAAGUACCCCCCUUAAAGAUAGUGAUACCUCAAAGUACUACUACUGAACAAGAAUCUGGUAGCUCCCGAAAUGGGAAAAGCAGUUCACAAAGAUCCCAUCAAGCUUUACCAUACGUUGUAGCGAGCUCAAAUAAUAGUAGUGAUUCAACCGAUAAAGACGGGCAAGUUUCUGGAACAACUAGUCCCACAGAUAGCACAUCAGGAAAAGCAUCUGAUGAAAAAAAGGAAUCAUUUUCAGGAAAUUUAAGUGAAGAUCAGAAAUCUGGAUCAGGUCAUCAUCAACGAGUGCUACGCAGUUCGCAUCGAUCCAGUGGUAGUGGCGGAAAUACUGCUAGUGAUCGAGCUAGUAACAAUUCUUCACCUCAAUUACAAAGAUCUCAUUCACCAUCUCCAUCAGCAUCUCCAGCUACUCCAUCUUCAUCAACGACCACACAAGUAUCUGAACCACAAACGUCAACUUCUCAAACAAGUAGCACAUCAAAAUCAACUACAUCUGAUGCACAAGCCGUAGCAAAUACAGAACAUGAUAAUCCAGUGUCAAAUCCCACACCAGCCCCACCACCUCCUCCAUCUGCUCCCGUGGAAUUACAUCCACGUAAAAGAAAGUUACGGCCUAAUAAAGAGCAAACUUCUACAACUCCAUCUCAAGAUAACUCAACUUCGUCAACAAAUACUUCAGUCCAUCCACAUGAGCAACCUAUUACAAAUUGUUAUCAACUGUUCUUAAAUAUCCGAAAACAGAUUGAACGACGCCGUAAAAAUUUAUUUCCCGUUCAGCCAAAGCCUCCACAAGGUUUCAAAGAUUAUUUGAUGAAUCGAUGUUCAUAUGUAUUAGCAAGAAACGCACCUCCGCAACCAACUGUUGUACCUCCGGCAACAGUACCAGGAGCAAUGCGUGAUAUAUAUGUUGAGCAAGAAAAAGAAAGAUAUAAACUUCGAAUGCAACAUGUUAUUGAAAAGGAGAAAUUGGUUUUAUCUGUUGAGCAAGAAAUUUUACGAGUACAUGGUUUAGCUGCCAGAACAUUGGCAAAUCAAACUUUACCAUUUUCCGUUUGUACUGUUCUACGUGAUGAAGAAGUGUAUAAUGUUAUAACACCUGAACAAGAAGAAAAAGAUCGUAACGCACGUUCCAGGUAUAACGGACGUUUAUUCUUGAGCUGGUUGCAAGAUGUUGAUGAUAAAUGGGAAAAAAUUAAGGAAGCAAUGCUGUUACGGCAUCAUAACGAAGCAGAAUCCUUACAUGCUGUACAACGAAUGGAUUGGGAAUGGAAAUUAAAAGAAUUGUCACUUUGUGAGUACAAUGCAACUCCACAGAUCGAUGAGCUUCAUGUACCAAUGGUUCACGUUAGUGAUGAUUUUGAUCUGUUACCUGCUUAAAAAAUGUCUGUGUAAAGACAUGCUUAAAUUUCUUGAAAAAUUUUAAGAAAACGAUA